AUGGCGAAGCUGUUGCCUGGCAACGCGGAGCCGUUGCCGUCGGCGACGGCCGCCUGUUGCCUCGUUCGGCCUCGCUUCAGACGGAGGCGCAAGAAACGCUCCGAGCGCAAAGGUCGCCCUGGUUCCGAGCCAGUGAGGAACCAAGAAAAACUGUUCCCCGGAGCAGGUGUAGAGGACGAGAGCGAAAAAAAUAAAGGAACCUUUUACAAAUUCUCCGUUCACAAAAUCCUCCAACAAAGGCGUCGUAAGUCACUCAAUCCCGCCGCCGCAGGUUCCAGCGGCGCCGACGUCAAGGAGAACCGCAACUCCCACAACCGCCGCUUCUCCAAAGACGGUGGCGGUGUUGGGGGUGCAGCAGGGGGGGCGGGGCCUGAUGGCGCCCUGCUGCCCAAUGGGAAGCCCACCGGGGGCGGAGUCAACAGCAAGAAGCGCCCCCUGGAGGAAGGGAACAACGCCAGCUCCAAGUACCGACCGAAGAAACGCAAGAAGGCGCCGGGGCCGGUGCUCCCAAAGAACGCGUUGAUGCAGCUGAACGAGAUCAAACCCGGGCUGCAGUACAAGCUGCUGUCCCAGACCGGUCCGGUCCACGCGCCCGUCUUCGUCCUCAGCGUGGAGGUCAAUGGCCAGCUGUUCGAGGGCGCGGGACCCACGAAGAAGAAGGCCAAGUUGAGCGCGGCCGAGCGGGCAUUGCGGAGCUUCGUCCAGUUCCCCAACGCGUCGGAGGCUCACCUGGCAAUGGGACGCACGCUGGCGGUGCACACAGACUUUACGUCGGACCACGCAGACUUCCCUGACAUGCUGUUCAAUGGGUUCGAGACCGCCGUCAUCGCCACGCCGACGGACGACCCCUUCCAGUUCCAGCUGCCACCGGCACCCGGAAUCAAUGGUUCCUUGGGCACCGAAUUCCUCACCCCGGUUGCAAACGGACAGAUUCUGGUGGGUGUUGGCGUCGCCGGUUGCGGAGGAGGCGGAGUCACGGCGGCGGCCACACCUGCCUUCGCUCCGCCCUCGAGCGCGAAGAACCCGGUGAUGAUCCUCAACGAGCUACGGCCGGGUCUGAAGUACGACUUUGUCUCGGAGAGCGGCGAGAGUCACGCCAAGAACUUUGUGAUGUCGGUGGCGGUCGACGCCCACAGCUUCCAGGGCUCCGCCCGGAACAAGAAGCUAGCCAAGGCGCGCGCGGCGGCGGCAGCCCUAGCGGCGCUGUUCAACGUCCAGCUGGACCAGGCGCCGUCACGGCAACCGAUCCCCAGCGAGGGGCUGCAGCUGCACCUGCCCCAGGUCCUCGCGGACGCCGUGUCGCGUCUCGUCGUGGACAAGUUCAGCGAGCUGACGGACAGCUUCACCUCGCCCCACGCGCGGCGGAAAGUUCUGGCCGGUGUCGUCAUGACGACAGGCGCGGAUGUGAAGGAGGCGCAGGUUAUCUGCGUUGCCACGGGAACCAAGUGCAUCAACGGCGAGUACAUGAGCGACCGCGGCCUCGCGCUGAACGACUGCCACGCUGAGAUCGUAGCACGCCGUUCCCUGGUGCGGUUCCUGUACGGACAGCUGGAGGCCCUGAUCAGCAGCAGUAGCCCGUCCCAGCAGGCGUUGGUGUUCUCCCGCUGCGACGCGGCCCCCGGCUUCAGGCUGAAGGAGCAGGUCCAGUUCCACCUCUACAUCAGCACCUCCCCCUGUGGAGACGCCCGUAUCUUCAGCCCCCACGAGACCAGCGUGGAGGACCAGGGGGACCGACACCCCAACAGGAAGGCCCGGGGUCAGCUGAGGACCAAGAUAGAGUCCGGGGAGGGCACCAUCCCGGUCCGGACCAGCAACACCAUCCAGACCUGGGACGGGGUGCUGCAGGGGGAACGCCUGCUCACUAUGUCCUGCAGCGACAAGAUCGCCAGGUGGAACGUGGUGGGCUUCCAGGGCUCCCUCAUGAGCUACUUCACGGAGCCGCUGUACUUCUCCAGUCUGAUCCUGGGCAGCCUGUACCACGCGGACCACCUCUCCAGGGCCAUGUACCAGAGGAUCACCGACAUAGAGGACCUGCCCAGCCCCUUCGCCCUGAACCGGCCUCUGCUCAGCGGGAUCAGCAACGCGGAGGCCCGUCAGCCGGGCAAAGCCCCCAACUUCAGCAUCAACUGGACGCUGGGCGACCAGGGGCUGGAGGUGAUCAAUGCCACCACAGGGAAGGACGACUUGGGCCGGCCCUCACGCCUCUGUAAACACGCCCUCUACGGACGCUGGGUCAACCUGACCGCCAAGCUCUCCACUGCGCUGCGGAUCCGGACGAGCACGCCAGCCACGUACCAUGACAGCAAGCAGGCGGCCAGCGAGUACCAGGCGGCCAAGCAGGCGCUCACCAAGGCCUUCCACAAGGCCGGGCUCGGCGCCUGGGUCAAGAAGCCCACCGAGCAGGACCAGUUCACCCUCGCCACCUAA